AUGAGUGUCUGCUACCUCAUUGCUGGGAUGCUUGUCCUCCUGGUCUUUUCAGCCGUAAAUGAAGAUGCAUACAUUCUAUCUGACUCGAAAGCGAAAGCCGACCAACCGCAGAAUGAGGAAUUUGCUUCGCAGAAUGGAGAAGCAAAGGAUAAUUAUGAAGUUCACAACAUCUUCGAAGAUAAGGAUGAAGGAGAAGAAGAAAUGUUGCGUGAUGUUGAUGGGACCGGGCAGGAAAAUGUCCAGUAUCAUGAUGCCGAAGACAGUUCCGACGAAAAGGGAGGUGAUAAUGGUUAUAAUCAUGGUGGACAUGAUCAAGAAGAUGAAGAAGAGAUAGAUUUUGGCGACAAUAUGGGCGAACAUCACUUUGCUAUUUCUGGUUUUGAGGUUGACAUCGCAGUUCACGUCGGUGGACACCAUGGGGCUGACGAACAUUAUUUUGGUGGAGAUGGUGGAUAUGAUGCCGACGAGGAUGAUAAUACGGAUGACAACAAUGAAGAUAAGGAUGAUCAUGGCAUGAAGGAAGACCAUGAUGAGCACGAGGAUGAUUGA